CUUGGCAGUGCAGUCAGUGUCUUUUGCUCGGCUUUGCGCGUCAAGAAGAAGGCGAACACGACGAGGCUAGCCGCGGCCAAAGCAAAAGACGAGCAUCGGCGAAUUUAUUUCUUGUCGCAGGGCUGUUUGGGGCACCUACGUGCUCUCUCAUUCGUUCAUUCGGUAGACGGCAUAACGGGGAGCUUCCACAACAAGACGCGGAGGAAUCUCUGAUCCCCGCAUCCCCUGUCGCUGCUGAGCUUGUGGGCGGCACCAGUAGGCUGCGAGCGCUCAUAUGGCUCUCGGCUUCUUCCUUGCAGCAGCAGUGGUAGCAGUAGCAGUAGUCUCCGGCGCACCAGUGGGCAUCGGCGAUAGAGCUGGCGUACGAUUGGAGCACAAAGAGCGGAACCUUCAACAAGAUGGUCCAGCUUCGAGCAUGUUUCAACCAGAAGAGCACGGGCUCGGCGUAGGAGCGCACAACGUCCAGAGCUUUGCCGCACCGGAGCAGGUUCACAUUGCUCUGGCGCGGUCUGAUUCGCCGGAGGAGUACGCUGUCACGGUUGCCUGGGUGACCUGGCCCAACACUCAAUCACGAGUGGUGUGGGGAUCGUCCGUCGACGACCUCGGCAACGUUGCAGAUGGGAGCUCAACGACCUACUCGACCCGUCACCCGGGCCGGGCGGACUACACCAGCGGCUUCUUGCACUCAGCCACGCUGCAGGGCCUGGAGCCAUCAUCGACCUACUUCUACUCUUGCGGCGACGACACUUUGGAGAUGAGCUCGGUGCGGUCUUUCGACACACCGCCCAAGCUUGGCCCAGAGCAGCCUAUCAUCCUGGGCGUCUUGGGAGACUUGGGACAGACCGACGACUCAGCCGCGACGCUUGCGGCCAUCGAUGGCGACAAUUCCAUCGAUCUCGUCCUGCAUGCCGGUGACCUGAGCUACGCAGAUUGCGACCAGCCUCGGUGGGACUCGUUCAUGAGGAUGCUCGACCCUGUAGCGAGCCGCCUCCCGUGGAUGGUCGCUGCUGGCAAUCACGAGAUCGAGACCAACGGCGCCUACCCCGGCGCCAAGCCUUUCCUGGCCUACGAGAGCCGCUUUCGGAUGCCGGCGGUGGGAGCUCCGACGGACCUCGGGCGCGGGUGCGGCGCCGGCGGCGGUCUGGACGGCGACGGCUUCCUCUGCGGCGAGGGUUGGGGCGCGGACGAAGCGGACGCCGCGGCGAUCGAGGAGGCCGAGAGGCUGCCAUCGACGGUGGGUACGCGAGGAGGGGAAGGGGUGGCGGCCGGGAAUACCGUGGGGGCGGCCGUGCGCCAGGCGGCGAGGGGAGUGCGCGAGGCGUUCGAUGCGACGUGGGAAGGGAGCGAGGACGAGCAGCCGCCGGUGUCUUGCUGCCCGUCGGAGUGGUCCGGGACGUACGACUACGGCAACAGCUUUUACUCGUUCGAUGUCGGUCCGGUCCAUGUGGUCGCGCUUAACCCGUACACGGCGACGGGCGAAAACUCCGUGCAGUACUCGUGGCUGCAGAAGGAUCUGGAGUCAGCAGACCGCACCCUCACGCCUUGGUUGGUGGUGAUGAUGCACUGCCCUUGGUAUAACUCCAACCUCGCUCACCAGGGCGAGCGCCAGGCGGAGACGGCGAUGCGCGCCAUGGAGCCUCUCCUCCACCUGCACAAGGCCGCCGUGGUCAUCACGGGGCACGUCCACGCGUACGAGCGAUCGCACCCGGUGGUUGGCUUUGAGCUGACCGAGGACGGACCUAUCCACCUUGUCGUGGGCGGCGCGGGAAACCGCGAAGGGCACGCAGCCGACUUCUACGCCAAGCCAGAGUGGAGCGCCUUCCGUGACGGAACAGUGUACGGCUCCGGCCGCCUCUCCAUCCAGUCUUCUUCGCUGGCCCUGUGGGAGUGGGCAGCUUCCACGAGAGACACGGCCGGCUUGCACGACGUCGCCUGGGUCUCCAAUCCGUACUCGCCGUACACCCCAGGAGAGGAGGACGGGGACGCUUCGCCGCUGGAAGCGACGGGCGGAAGAAGCGACAACGGUGGAGAUUCUGCCGCAUCUGCUUCCCACGAGGGGGAUAACCAUGACCAGGAGGGUGACGACGUGUCUAGGGCCCGGGAGAAGGCAGGCCUCCGCGUUCACGCCUUGCCCGAACGGCGUACACGGCGCGUGGCACGUGGCUGAUAGGUUCGUUCCAUGUUGGCGUGCGCUGUUUCUGACUACAUCACGCGACUUUUUGAAAUACUGCUGUUGUUGCUGUUUCACCGGGAUCCUGCUGCGUGGGUUUCCAUCGUGUGGGGAUGCAGAGCCCUCACUCUGUUUUCUUGAGGAUUAUUCCUAAUUCUGUGUGUCGAGUGUUGUAUUGAAACCCCACGUGGGAAAGGCGUUUUGGGGCCGAUGUUGCCCUGCACUUUUGUACAAACAAGAGAAGUAGUGCAAUUUGUUUUGCGUUGGUUGUACUCAAUCUUCGGGAGAAGCGUUGCGGAGUUGCUGGUGUAGCGAGUCGAUUUCCCUCGCAGCUCGUCCUUAAGCGCGCGUCCUCUAGGACUCGCCUGUACAAGUCUGGCUUGUGUUUUUCGGGGGUUGGUGCAACCACUCAACCAUUCGCAACGCAACGAGGGUCUCAUCCGUGCCGGUUUUUGUGUGCCGUUCCUUGUUUGGGCGUAGACUUACGUACUCCACACAGGAGUUAGGUCAUAGUGCUAAGACGGCCACCCUUCGCUCCAAUUCUUGAGUUGUUGGUAAAUCUAGCCUGAGGUUGAUUGUCGUUUCUGUAGUAGCUGUCCUGGCCGGUCGCCUAGCCAGGUGUAUACUGCUGUGUGGGAUACCCGCUGGGUACCGCCACGUUCGCGUACCCGACAUUUGUUGGGGGUCCAACGUCCCACGGUGUAAAACCGGAACACCCGUGUACCUGUCUAGCAUACUCCUCAUUUUUGGGCUUAAAAAUUGGCCACCGGACGCACUCUGGCCGCAAAACUUCACGAGCGAACCAGAACUACUGUAACUGCUACUCGCCUAGCUGGCGGUGUAACAAACUUCUUGUGGCGACUUUGACCCCGCCUGGCACAUGAUGCACCCAUGCAACAUAGGUAAUCCUGACUGGCCUGCGGAAUUCGUGGUUCCCAGUCACUUGGGAGUUGGAGUGUCUUCGCGCCUCCCCUUGAGCCGGCCGGGUGAUUUUCCUGCAGCUUAUUUCUUGCUUUCGUUGUGUCCAGUGCUUGUCUAUUAUCUGUCUGUUUGCCUCUACUUCGCGCUUAGAAAAGGUCGCAGCUAGUCUCAGAAAAAUCCCAAAGCUCUACACGACGAAGAGUUCUCAUCGCCGAUUGGAUAUAGAAAGCUGCUACUCUCGUGCAGUGUUUCGGGCCACGCGACGUACUGGAACGAACGUACAUAAAGUAACUAGAGAGGACCCCACCUCCUCUCCGUAAGUUCACACGCAAUAAUGCAUCUCGCAGCGCGGCCUCGCAUUGUUCGAGCUUGUCAACAGUAGUUUCAAUUGAUUCGGUACAUGUUUGGCGAGCGAGGCAGAAAAUCGAACAUGAGCUUGGAAUGCCGCCCGUGUGGUCAGGAUAUUGGGGAUAUCCUCGAACGAACACACACAAAGAUGGGAGCGAAAACAAGGAGGAUACUGGUGAAAGUACUGCUAAACGAACUCGAGUACUAGGCUGGGAAAGCCACGACCAGACCAACCCGGGAACCGGCCCUUCAAACCACCUCCCUCGUGGGUGAUACUCCGGUCGAUCUUGUCCUUUACUUCUUGAAAGAAGCGUUCCUGCGCACUGGAUGUUGAAGUAUCAUCAUCGCCGGCCCCUCCACCGGCGGCUCCUCCAGCCCCACUUCCUCCUGGUCCACGACCUGGCGCUGCUGCCCCUCGCCCCCCUCCUCCACCUCCCCCACGGCCGCUCAUUCCCCCUCCUCUUCCUCCGGCCGCUCAGCCCCCCUCCUCGUCCUUGUUGGCGCGCUCCGCGGUCGUGACCUCUGCUUGCUGCUGGUCUCGCCGCUGCCGCCCCCGCGGCGGCGACUACUUCCGCUGCUGCUGCUGCGAGUUGUGCCGGUGUUGCUGCCCCUGUUGCGGCCUCUGGUGCCGCUGAUAUUGCCGGUGUCGUUGAUGCUGGCACUGACCCCUCACCUAUUUGAGAGGAUAGCUCUGCUGGAGCUGCCCCCCCGCGUGCUUGGGAGGCUUCAUGAGCACGGGCUUUACCCUUGCCUUUGCUGGGAGGGUGCGGGACGGGUACCGCCGCCACUGCUGCUGCUGCUGCUGCUGCUGCUGCUGCUGCUGCUGCUGUUGCUGCUGCUGUUGCUGCUGCUGCUGCUGCUGCUGCUGUUAUUGUUGUUGUUGUUGUUGUUGUUGUUGUUACGAGCUCUGUUGGUGCUGUUGCGGAUCCUUCUCCUACGGUUAAGAAUGGUGGUGCCCGAGCUCCUUCUCCAUCUACUCGAGAGUGGUGCAUCGUCUAAGCGAGGAGGCGACUGCUGUUGUGUACCGGCGGGAGGUGGAGUGGACUCACCUAUGGUUGGUGCCGCCGUGCUUGAUGAACCACCAGAACCCCCACUAACGUCAACAUCGCCGCUCCCCGGCCGGGGCCCCCUACUGCGCAUCCUACGUACGUCCCAGGAAGCCACUGCGCAUCGUCAUUUGAUUUUAGUGUGAAUCGGGGCCAAAUGCCAGCAAUGCAGACUUUUGGGGCACACAACUGGUUCUGCGCCCCGAAAGUUCCAGCGCAGCUUUGAUUCUCGAAGAUUUUUUUCAUCACCACCCAGCAAGCGUCGAUAGCAACACCACGCACAACGGCAGCGGACGGUGGCGCAACGGCGGGUCGCCAGCCUGGUUCAUGUCUGCAGCUCCCGGGCCAGAUGAUGAUCGCGGCGGCCAUGGCAGGGCAGACAGACACAGGUCAGACAGAUAUGAAGCGCCAGCAAACAAGAUGUUCACCUGUCACAUGUGUCUCAGGCACGUGAACAGCGGCCAGAAGAGGAUAUCUAUACGGGUUCCUCCUGAUCAGAAUCCACACGGGUUCGAUCAUUUUUGUGCGGAUUGCGAUCGAUCGGAGGACAGCCUGCAGCGACGAGUUUCGUAUGAUUGUCAUGGCACAGUGGGCAAUGUAGGCAUAUCUGGGCGAACGCCUAGUUCCAGUGGUGGUAGCUCAGAGAACCGGCUGCAGCAAACAACGAUGUCCUCACAAGUAGCAGCGGCAGCGGCCGCUGCCGCCGCUGCCGCCGCAGCAGCAACAGCAACAACAACAACAACAACAACAACAACAUCAGCAGCACCAGUCGCAGCCGCUCAAAGGCCGCCUGCAGGAGGAGCGGAGGAACCGUUCAGAGCGGCGGCGGAGGUGGGGGAGGCUGCCCAUGACACCGCGGUUUCUUCAGGGCGGUCCAACACCGCAGUCGGAUCUGGAUCGCUUGACUUGAGAGGGCUGGGCACCACGCCAGCAGCAGGAAGAAACAUGAACGGAGAGGCCAUGGAGGAAGUAGAGUCUAUUGGGGAGGAGGAGGAAGAGGAGGAGGAGGAGGAGGAGGGAGACGCGAAUGAAGGAGACCGUGAGCGAUGGUCCAACCGUGAGUUGCAAGCUGCCCUGGCGAUGCAAGCUAGCAGUGUCGUGGGUCUAGCUCCCAAGGUGUACGAGGAUGGUUCGUUUAGUCGCCCAGACUGGAUGGCUCCAAGUUUGAAGUCGCCCAGGUCUAUUGCGGCAGCGUUUAGGCAACGUUUCCCGGAAGCCCCUAUAUGCCGGCCGGUAGACAGCCCUGAGAAGCGUGCCUUGGCAGCGAUGCAGCCGUCGGCAGCCACGGAAAAGAUGAAGUCGCGAGCGAUGGUUGGAGGAAGUACGAACCGGGGCCUCCUGAAGCAACUGUUGAAGGAGGCGGCCAUGGCCGUUUUCGCAACAACGCACGUUGUGUUCGUUGUCUACCUACUCGAAGUGGUUUUCUUCGACGUUUUGGUCAAGAUUCCGGAUUUUCAGGCAAGCUUUGUAGUACAUGAAAUACAGCUCUGCAGACACGUUGCUCGCGCUAGGUCGCCUUCUCCAAUCCACAUCCACACAGGUGGGCAAGAGGAGUGCCCGACGAGAGGCCCGAGGGUAAGAACUCUUCCGUUGUAUCAUUCUUGUUUCAGGUAACGACCUACAGCGGGUCAACGUCCGUGAGGAUGAUCUGUCCUGGAUGCAGGUCGAACACGUUUGUGAAGCCUCCCGGAGUAUCAGGGCACGGCUGGAGUAAUGCGAGCGCCACGAAGAUCCGAGCGAUCCCCGAUGUAGGCAGGGUGGUGGUUCCAUUGUCUGGCAGGUACGCCUGCCGGAAUCCCAAUUGCCCUCUGGUGUUGGCGAGUGCGAAGAAGGCAGCCAAAAAAAAAAAGGUGGAGGUUGCGGAUGACGGGUGGGAUGAGGCCACCACCCAGAAGUGGUGCCCAAACGGCGCAACCUUCACCACCCAGGACGACAGAUACAUGCAGGUGUUGCCUGAGGAGGUGGCGUUGCGUCUACCCUUCCGAUAUUUCAGGCAAAGUGGCUCAUCAGAGAUGUUGCUGGACCAAGUGAGGGCGAUGGAAGGCGACCUUCAGGUGUAUCGCAGGGCGUUAGCUGCAGGCGACCAAGGUCGGGAGUUGAGAGACAUGAGGAGAUACAUGUCGUUUGCCGAGAAGCACGGGGAUGGAAGUUUGUGGCCAGGGUGGAAGUUCGUUCGCGGGACUCUCGUCGGCACCCCGUCCGUCGCCGUGUUGAACACAAUCUACAACGCCGGGCAUGAUGAGGAAAAGGACUACAUGAGGCGCGUGAUUCAAGCCGAGUGCGAGGGCCAAAUUGUCAACAUGGAUGGCACGUGGCGCAUCGGUUUGAGGGUGCCUGGAGUACCCGCUUGCCUUUAUUUCUUGUUGGGGGAGAACGCCAAGGUCCACGACUACGGAGCUAUCACAAGCGAAAGCAAGUCAGAGCUCCGUCCACUUUUCAUGAGGUACGCGGAUAGACGAAGGCGGAACGGCACGUUGCCCACACUUCAGUACCUGUACGACGACAUGUGCUGCAAGAACGCUGUGGACGUGACGGAGCCAUGGAUGAAGUCGAUUUUCACGGGCUUGUCGCGAGCGGCGCUUUCAGAUUCUUUCCACUUCGGACAGGUACAAAAUUCCUUCAUGACGUUGCAACAGGAGGAAAUGUUGAUGUUUUUAAUCGUUGUUCACUCAUUCGUUUGAUAGCGCACCAGACAUCGUACUGAAGGUCUCCUUCGUUUUGCAUCCCAUACGUCGUACCUGAACCACUUUUUUGCCCCGUCGCGUGCAUCCCCUCGUUCCACAUUGUUGGUAUUCUACUGCGGUUUUCCGUUGACACCCUCUCCGUAGACUCUUGUGGGUGCAACUACAUCCAAAGUCCACCCACGAAGGGCUACGUUCGCGGCGGGAGUUGGACAGAUUGUCCGCCACCGGUACCAACCUGAUGUUGAUGAGGUUGUGGCGUACUUGCAGCGUGAGAAUCGGGGGUUGUCGAAGGUAGACGCGGAGGUACUGGCUAAAAAGAGAGCAUGGUCAGCUUGCGUGAGGACUAUUUCCCGACCAGCCGACGUAGUGGAGAAGGAGUUGGUGCAGUUCGUGCAGGCGCACGCAAAGAUGGAUGCCGACGAUGUCGCGAGGGGGGGA